CACAGCCCUAGCCUUAACAAACCACAACGUAUUUUAACAUAAUUAUUUUAAUCUUGCGCGCGAAUACCCUAAUUUGGUAAGCUUCUGCCAUUGCGAUAAUGGAGGUGUCGAAUCUCUGCAAACAGUUGAUUUCACUUGCAAUUCAACGGUGUCGUUUAUCAGGAGAUCCAUGUCGACUUUCUGUCAUCAUUCGACAAAUCCUGUUUUCCAGCUUUCCUACUCAAAUUUCAAUUUCUGAUACUGGUGUUGGAAGUUGCUUGAAAGAAUUCCAGGACUUGAAACUUUGCUUCAAUGGAUCUGCUGUGUGGGAUGGUGCGCUUGCUAUCAAAACCACCAGCCUUGGUGAUCCUGAUCUUUUCCAGUACAACUUAAACCUAAAAGAAAGCGUUCCUAACAAAAGGUUAACUAAGCUCCCUUCAAUGCCAAAGAAAAAGGCCAUUUUCAGUGGAACUGAAGUCUCUAUGUCCACUGCUGAGGACAUGGGAGUAUUAUUGCAAGAUAUGAGUACCUUUCUCAGAAAGAUUCAUAUAUUGAAGAUACAUAACAUUGCAAUGGAGCUGGUUGCUGUAUGCAGUGAUCAACAACGACUCCAACAUGAAAAUGUUGUUCUUGUCACCGAGUUGACAUUACCUUCCCCAGAUUCUUCAAAUUUACAACAGCUAACAUCAGGGCUAGAGGAUUACGUUUGUAAUCAUAGAAAUGGUUUGAUUAAAAAGUGCCUGUCCUGCUUUUCGAGCGGAGAGAACCCAAAGAUAGGGAAUGGACAAGCAUGCAAAAAGAAGCACGGAAAUGAUGUAUUGGCUGUUGAAGUAGUAAUUAUUGUCAGCCACAGUGAGUUAUCGGAUCCAUCAAAUCUGUCAUGUUUGAAGGCCUUUGGGCCCAAAACAGAGGUUUUAUAUUUUAAAGAUUUCUCACCUUGUUCGGUCCCCCAGUCAGCUCUCAAAGCAAUCAAAAGCGUCAAGUGGAAUAACUAUGGGCUAACUCUAAAAAAUGUUGAUGAUGAAGGGAGCUCUCCUUCACUUGAAUGGGAGAACUUGCCCCUAAACACUCAUAUCGACAUCGCCCUUCAUUCUUAUAAUAAGCAGGUGACAAUGCCGCCAUUAAGGCAAAGAAAUCAACUCGAGACAAAGCUUGCAAAGGAUGCUAUCAGUCUUGCACUAAAUGAUUUGAAGGAAAGGUAUACGGGAGCUCUUCUCAGUGAUCAUGCUCUCAAGAUCCAUUCUUAUGCCCCUGAUCUUGCAAGAAGCAUUGCUGGUUUAAUAUUGUCUUCAGAUGAUCAAAACUUCCAAGGCGAAUGCUUCAGUCUCCUUGGCAUGCCGAUGGCAAAUAUAGAAGGACACUCUUUAGAGAAGUGCAUACAAGACAAGAUUAUAUCUGCAAUAGACAUGAAUGACAGGAAGCCUCCGAGCUUGAGAUGCAGACCGGCUGCACCUUUUCUGUUCGGAGAUGAUCAUGUCCAAGAAUCAGAAUACAUGUGCGACGAAUAUGACGAAGGUGAGGAAGAUGAUUGCGUGUUGAUGGAUUACUAAUUAGCAGCUACAUUAUCACCAUCAAAAUUAUAUCUGUUUUGGUUAUUAUAUGGUACACCUACUACAAAAUCAGCUACAAUGCUUUGGAAUAGGCUUUUUGUUUGGAUUAGAAGAAAUGAAGUUAUUGGUUAUUAUAUUGGUUAUUCCCCUUGUUUAUACACACAAAGAGAA